AUGUUAAUUGGUAUAAUAAUACAGAAAUAUGAACUUUAUCCUAGCAACUCAGACCAGAACAACUACAGGUGCCUGACACGGCAAGGCAAGUGUCAAAAUGUUUCUAGGGGGUGGAGCCAGCAGCCGCACAGAACGGACGUGUCUCUCAGGAGCUCCGUUCAACACGGGGAAAAACAAGCUGUUUCUGCCCAAUUUACCCUACCACUCCAGCCCUACCAACUUCUUAAGACAAUGGGGCGCAAAAGCAAAAAAUACCAGACGGAAAAACACCCAACUACUGCCGAUAUCGGCGAACUUUUGUGGAGGCCACAAGCAUCCCUGAGACCUGUCAUGGAGCUGCUCUCCAACGCACCGUCCCGAUCAUCCAGUGAAGACUCACUCUCCAACCUGGAAAUGAUGGCGGAGACGCAGAGAGCAGGCAAGCCUAAGGCACAAAACAACCCUCCAGUCACUGAAGACCGACUGAAAGCCCUCUUGGAUGAUCUACGCCGACAUAUCGCGGCAGACAUCAAUUCAUUUAAAGAGGAAAUUAAUGGGGUGUCCGUGAAACUACAUGACACAGAAAUCAGCACAGCAGCACACGAGGCCCGCAUUAAUAGCCUUGAGAGCUAG